CUAAAGGAUCAGGGCAACGAGCUCUUCAAAGCUGGCAAUUAUCUCAAAGCCGCCGCUCUUUAUACUCAGGCCAUUAAAGCAGAUCCCUCGAAUGCAACCCUUUACAGUAACCGAUCUGCAGCUUUUCUGAACCUUGUCAAGCUCAAUAAAGCCCUUGUCGAUGCUGAAACAACCAUCAAGUUGAAUCCACUGUGGGAUAAGGGUUAUUUCAGGAAAGGCUGCGUGUUAGAGGCAAUGGAACGAUAUGAUGACGCAGUAAUUGCCUUUCGAGAGUCAUUGCAGCACAAUCCACAGAGUAAGGAGGUGGCAAAUAAGAUUAAGAGGUUAACUCAGUUGGCUAAAGACAAGAAACGAACCCAAGAAAGGCAGAACAUGAGGUCCAAAGUUGACAUGUCAAAGUUUUUGGAACCCUUGAAAUCUGAACUGGAUCAGAAGUUUGGUACUAAGCAAUGUUCAGAAGAGAUAUUUUCUUUCAUUGUUGAUAUCAUGGAGGCAGCAGUAAAAUCAUGGCAUGAAUCUUCAAAGGUGGACGCAAGGGUCAUUUUUCUGUUUGAUAAAGAAAAGGCACGACCCAAUGACCCUGCACCUAUAGUAAAUGUGGAUAAGGCAUUUGAAUCCCCAGACACCGUGACGAGCUGUGCUUCAUUUCUAAGGCAGUAUGCUGUGGACACAUUUUCUAAGGCUGCUUGUUUAGUUGUGCCAAAGAGCAUUAUUUCCUUUCCUCAGGUUUGGAAAGGGCAAGGUUCCAGAAAGUGGAAACAUGGGCAGACUGAUGGUUUUUUCGUUCAGUUUGAGUCAUCUGUGUUGCGCAAACUAUGGUUUAUUUCCAGUUCAACUGAGAAGGGGCUAACCUUGUGUAGGAACCCAGAGGCCUUGGAUUUAGAUGCCCAUGCAGUGCUUCCUCCUCUCUUCAGAUAACUACUACGCAUCAUCAGCUCUGUCAAGACCAGCCUCAUUAGUUCAAUUUUUGGAUUGAUGAAUUAGGUGCUUUGGUGUUUGGAAAUUUCACUCUAGGUGGAGAUGAUGCAUUUUGGCUAUGUUGCUUUUCCCAGGAUUUUGCUUGUUUGAAAAGGGUUGACCUUCUUGCCGGCUAAAAUUUCUUACUGAUGUAACAUUAAAUACUUAUAUGUUGUUCCAUACUUUUUAUUUGUCUAAAAGAAAAAGAUACCAUGAUUUUUUGAUUAACCAUAUGAGUGAUUCUUUGAAUUGGCUUUGUACUAACAUAAUGCUCAUAUUAUCUUAUAUGAUAGAGAAGAAUGGUGGAACAAGAUUUCAUGUAACCAACUUGGGAUAAGGUUUGGAUGAUAAUGAUUAUUUCUUUUAAUUCAUACUUUGUCAUUGGAAAAAGUUUAUGUAAGGUUGCAACUUUACAUUAUGGAAGUAAGGUGCACCUCAGAAAUCUAGAAAAGAGUUUUGAAAUUGGAAACCUUCUAAUUGAUCAUCUCGACCUCUAGAUGUAUGGAUAUAAAGAAA